AGUCCAGUCAGCCUUUCACCCACUCUAAGGCAGUGGUCCUAGUCAAAACUUUCAUUCAACUGAUUCAACAAUCUUUUCAUAUUCUUAUUAUACAUUUCGUUCCAUUUUCUACCUUAGACAAUUGCUGUUACACAUAGAAUGGGUCAUGGAAAUUCGAGACAGGAUUCCUCCUCCGGCGAUUCCGCCGACGGCUCAAAGCCGUCGCGGAUAAAAAGACUCGGUCGACAGCUUCGCCCGCACUAUCGCCGUAGUCGUCACACAUCUGGUUCACAGUCUCACACUUCUAAGAUCCUUAAGGAGGAAGACUUUGCUGGCAUCGCUCUCAUCCGGAUCAUUAGUGCUGAGAUGAAAUUCAAGGACAAAUGGCUUGCUUGUAUUUCUCUUGGUGAACAAACUUUUCGCACUCACGUGUCUGAUCAAACUGACAAGCCGACCUGGAACUCAGAAAAGAAGCUUCUUUUGGAAAGACACGGAGCACAUCUUGCAAGAAUAUCUGUUUUUGAGACCAAUAGACUUUCAAGGAACAAUCUGAUCGGUUACUGUGAGGUUGAUCUACUUGAAUUUCUCUCUCAGGAUUCCAGUUCUGAUACUGAGGUUUUUGACUUAUUAGACCCAUCAUCCACCUCCAUAAUUGUUGGCCGUAUAUCUAUUUCGUGUUGCAUUGAGGACCCCGUUGAGACGGAGAAAACCUUUGUUAGGCGCAUCUUAUCUAUAGUGGACUAUAAUGAAGACGGAGAGCUUUCAUUGGUUGAGUUCUCUGAUUUGAUUGAUGCGUUUGGAAAUAAACUGGCAGCUGAGAAGAAAGAGGAGAUAUUUAAACAAGCUGACAGAAACGGGGAUGGUGGUGUCAGCUUGGAUGAGUUAGCCACACUUCUGGCUAUACAAAAUGAAAAGGAACCGAUAAUUAAUUGCUGUCCAGUUUGUGGUGAAGUUCUUGAAGUUUCGGAUGGGUUGAAUAACAUGAUUCAUAUGACCCUGUGUUUUGAUGAGGGGACUGGGAAUCAGGUUAUGACAGGUGGAUUCUUGACUGAUAAGGAGGCUUCAAGUGGAUGGAUGUUCAAACUGAGUGAAUGGGCCCAUUUUUCGACUUUUGAUAUUGGUUUAAGGUCUGGUUCAAGUGCAUCACAUAUCUUGGUUUAUGACCGCCGAAAGAAAAGGCUAGUGGAGGAAAUAAUUGAUCGGAAGAUAGUCUUGUCAAUGAGGGCUAUCUAUCAGUCUAAAUUUGGCCUUGGCCUUAUGGAUAAUGGUGCAAAAGAAAUCUUGCGGAGCCUCUCUGAAAAACAGGGCAAGAAAAUGGAUUCUGCUGAAUCUGCUAAAGAAAUACCUAACUUCAUUGAAUUUUUUAAGGAUCAAAUAAAUAUGGAUGAAGUCAAGUAUCCAUUGGAGCAAUUUAAGACAUUCAACGAAUUUUUCAUAAGAGAGUUGAAGCCUGGUGCAAGACCUAUUGCUUUUGUAGAAUGUGAUGAUAUUGCUGUAUGUGCUGCCGAUUGCCGCCUGAUGGCAUUCAACAGUGUUGCUGAUAGUAUAAGAUGUUGGAUCAAGGGUCGAAAGUUUUCCAUCCAAGGUCUGCUGGGGAAUGAAACGUGUUCUAGUGAAUUUGUCAAUGGAACUCUAGUGAUAUUUCGCUUGGCACCACAGGACUAUCAUCGUUUCCACUUUCCUGUAUCUGGAACUAUUGAGAAAUUUAUUGAAAUACCUGGUUGCCUGUAUACGGUGAAUCCUAUUGCUGUGAAUAGCAAAUACUGCAAUGUCUUCACCGAGAAUAAGAGGGUUGUGUCUAUAAUUUCCACAGAACACUUCGGGAAGGUUGCAUUUGUUGCAAUUGGAGCAACAAUGGUUGGUAGCAUUAAUUUCUCUAGAAAGGAGGGCGACUAUGUGAAAAAAGGGGAUGAGUUUGGAUAUUUUUCUUUUGGUGGAAGUACCGUAAUUUGUGUCUUCGAAAAGGAUUCCAUAAGGAUGGAUGAGGAUCUCUUGGAAAAUAGUGGAAGAUCACUAGAGACCUUGGUAUCAGUGGGAAUGCAGUUGGGUGUCUCCGUAAAGAAGCAGGGUAACAUGAAGCUGCCAAAUUUAAAAAACCUUUCAUUAUGAGUUUGAUAUCUCUAUCAACUGUGUUGCGAUUAGUCCUAGAUGAUUGGGCGAAUUAUUCAAGCUGAUUGUUGUGCUUAGUUUGUACCUUUUAGGGCUUGUCUGCUAAAUUAUGUGUUUAUUAGUAAUUUCCUUCAUUUUUCAUGAAUGAAUAUACCAAUAACAUGAAUUAGCAUUUGCUAUCAUUCAUUGCUGUGAUUAAUUUGUCAUUUCUUAGGAUGUAAAAUGCAUGGUAUGUUAUAUA